CCAACGGUUGUGUCGCGCGCUAUAAUUUUUCAAGUUCAAAUUUUUUUUUUCGCGUUACUCCGCAUUAGCAUACAUUUUGUGCGCUAGAGAAAUUGAUAGAGAAGGAGGUCAACGUCUAAUGAACAGCAUUUACCCUUCCUUAUAUAAUUAUCGAAAUACACUCGCGACAGAAUAAAUGCAGGUCGCGAAAUUAUUAACAAAGCAACUCAAAUGACUGCAGUGCUGCGCCAUUAUGCAAAUUGCAGCGACAACAGCAACAAAGAACUUAAAAAGUGCCUUCAUCUCGCAUUGAAACAGCGACAAAUCGAAUUCGCAACGCGACAACUAUAACAGUUUUAGAACUGAACUCUUUAUAUUUUAAACAAAGACGUAAAUCAGCAGAAGCAGCAUGGGCGGUGCUGGCGGUGGAGGGCUCGGCAGUGUGGGGGGUGGCAGUUUAUUGGACAUUUAUGCCAUGGCCUGGGAGCAUCUGAGACCCGGAAGUUCGCCCGUUGAUUGGUGUGAGGGCAAUUAUUUAAUAUCAUCGAAUAUUGCCGAGUUUGUGAAUACGUUUAGCAAUUUCUUAUUUAUACUACUGCCCCCCGUGCUAAUGAUGUUGUUCAAGGAGUACGGACGCUUUGUAACCCCUGGCAUACAUGUCAUUUGGCUGCUACUAAUCGUCGUGGGACUUAGUUCAAUGUACUUUCAUGCCACUUUAAGUUUGAUUGGCCAACUGCUCGAUGAACUGGCCAUACUCUGGGUCUUCAUGGCGGCCUUCUCGCUGUUCUAUCCCAAGCGCUACUAUCCCAAGUUUGUCAAAAACGAUCGGAAAACCUUUAGCUGGCUCAUGCUGCUGUCGGCGAUUGCGGCCACUGCACUAUCGUGGUGGAAGCCUGUCGUUAAUGCCUUUGUACUUAUGUUCAUGGGUGUGCCGACCAUGCUAAUGCUCUACAGAGAGCUUCAGAGAGUCAGCGAUCAGCGGGUCUAUCGCUUGGGCAUUCGCUGCACAACCGUUUGGGCUGUAGCUGUCUUUUGCUGGAUUAACGAUCGCAUGUUCUGCGAGGCCUGGUCUUCCAUUAACUUUCCAUAUCUGCAUGGCUUCUGGCACAUUUUCAUCUUUAUUGCUGCCUAUACGGUGUUGGUUCUGUUUGCCUACUUUUAUGUGGAGUCGGAGCUGCCACAGCGACAGCCCUUGCUCAAGUACUGGCCAAAGAAUGAGUUUGAAUUUGGGAUACCAUUCAUAUCCAUUAGGAAUCCAGAUACAAAAGAUUGGCUUGACUACUGCAGACUGUACUGCGUGCGGCAGGAACAGGACUACAAGCACGGAUUAAACAAGAUUUCAGGGGACUAGGAGGAGCUUUCUCCACAAAAGAAUAGACAUACUUAAUGUGUACGCAAAAGUGAUAUAAAUUAGUGUUGAAAGGAGCAAUAAGGAAUGCCUAAAUUAAAGCCUGCUCAACACAAACAACAAGAAAAAGAAAACAAUUAUUAAACCAUAGAAAACCAAAAACGUAUCGCCUGCCAUAUAGAGCAUUAAAAAUUAAGACAAUAUGAUGUUAAUAUACAUAGCUAAUAGUUUAUAUUGUUAAUAAACGAUUGACGUAUCUCUCACAAAAUA